AGCACAUACGUCACUGUGUUUAUGUCUCGUGCUGCAGUUCUUCAUCAUAACAAAACAAGUAGGUUGCGAAAGACGUGCGUGGUAGCAGGCUUUUAUUUAGUUGUACCCGUAAGACAGAAUAUCAAGGAGAAGAAUUAUGACAAACCGAGAAAUUAACCCAGACGAGAAUUUACAGGGUUCUUGGGUGGAGCUUCACUUUAGUAACAAUGGAAAUGACUUUGCUCCACAAAAUGGAAGCCAAGAACAACCCCCAGCUUCAAUUGACAGUGGAGAUAUGGAAAAAAUGCUUCUUGAUGCCCAGCAUGAAUCUGGCAGAAGUAGCUCCAGAGGAAGCUCACACUGUGACAGUCCACCAAGAUCACAAACUCCACUUCAUCUCCGCAGAGGUUCAGAAGUUCCCAGCAGUGGUGAGAAAAACAGCUCUCAGUCCGAGGAAGAUUAUCUUGAAAGAAGAAAAGAAGUGGAACACUUAAUGAAAAGAAAUUCUGAUUGGAUUUGGGACUGGUCAAGUCGUCCAGAAAAUGUUCCACCAAAAGAAUUUCUGCUUAGGCACCCAAAACGGUCAGCAUCCCUUAGCAUGAGGAAUACAAGUGUUAUGAAGAAAGGUGGUGUGUUUUCAGCUGAAUUUUUGAAAGUGUUUCUUCCAUCUUUACUCAUUUCUCAUAUACUUGCUGUCGGCUUGGGGAUCUAUAUUGGAAGACGUCUAACAACAUCAGCCAGCACUUUCUGAAUAGUCUCUCCUGGCAUUAUCAUAUGAUCUUGGCCCACCACCAACCACAGUUCUUGCUAAACACAGGCGGAAUUUAUCCUGAAAGUGCUCAGUGCUGCAUAACCGGAUCGCAAGGAAGGGCUAAUGUAAAUGUAAAUUUCUCCUUUUGUUUCAAAUACAACUGUGCAUCUUUUAUAGCGUAUUUUCUGGUAGCUAGGUGUAGUAAAACCAUAAAAUGUGAAUGACUUUAAUGAAACCCGUUGUUCUUUAGUAAGUAUGCAUUAAGCUGUGUUGUGAUUGUUAUAACUGGAACAUGAAUAAAACCGGUCUGUAACCUUUAAAUUUUGAAGCUGAAGUAAA